UAUCAGAAAUUAUCAAGGUCAAAGGUCAACCCUUGUCUGAAAUAAAAUUACUAUACUCACAAAGAACCAGAUCCGAUGCAGGAAAAUCCGAUUAUUCAUGAAGGUCUCUUUGAAAUACCGCGUCAGAAAGAAGCUCACCGGGGUCACGAACAUGACAAUGAUGGUCAUAAAAAUGCCAUGCAAUAGGCGCGAGUCCUGCGAAAAAAAUGAGCAUAAACCGGAAGUCUUGCUUGUGUGCUGACGGCGAAUGCGAUUCCUGGGUCGCCCGCUGCCCAUCAUGAUUUUGCAGUCCUCUCAUUCUUCGGGAAAAAUCUGACCACGGAACCCGUCUUCAUUACCGUCAUGACUUGGAUCAUUUUUGAUAUUGGGAUGCACAUUGGAAUGACGAUUUUGCAAUGGCGUAGUGACAAAGACAUGCAAAUCUGGACGCGUCGCCAUUUCUUGUUCUCGCCGAUUCCUGUCCUUCAUGAAAAGGAACGAUUCGAUGCGCCGGGUCGUUUCGCCCGGAUUUACAUGCUGAUCGCGUACCUCGUAGUGGCGCUGGUCGGCACUGUCACUAUCUGCACGUUCAUGUUGAAGAACUCACCACGGGGGAAGGGGCUGGGACACAUGUCGUGUACACAUGAGGGUCUUGAUAACGACGUGCGCGAGAAGUACGAGUGCUAAUCAAGUGUCGCAAAUUAAGAUAAGAUUAUCAUGUCAAAGUUAUAUAUUUUAUUUUGAACUUUUUCACCAUAACCUGUCACUUUUUUUAGCUUAUUAAAAAUCACAAAUUUGCUUUGCUUUUGGCGUAGAAGUUGUACAUACAUAGUGUACUGCAUUUUUGACAAAGAUGGACUACGGAAAUUAAUGCAUGACGUAAAUAAUAUUAAAUAUCGGGUGCACUCUUAAAAAAAUCCGGUAACAAGGCCAUUACCCGACUAUGCAUGCAUAUGUGACUCUACAAUGAACUGAUAAUGAGGUGCAUGAUAGCAUGAUGCAUCGUAAUUAUGGAAACGGAAAAAAUAUGAGGGGAAAUAAAUUAUGGGAAUCUCAAUUUCUGAACGAUUCACAAAUUUCACGUCACUUUUUAUCGUGUAUUAAUUUGUAUUAGAGGAAGAAAAUGGCACCACGUCGUCACCACUCGGCCGUCGGAUUCCUCCUCCUCUUCUUGACCGCCAUGCAUGUGGGGAAAGUAUCCCCCCAGUUGUACACGUACCUUGAAGACGUCGCCGCCGUGUGGGACCUCCCCCUCGAAAAUAUCAACCCGUCCCACAAGGACUACCGGAAAGACGGCCUGGAUCUCCAAACUAUCAUCAACGAAAUCCGAUAUGUCACCUGCCUCGCCAAAAUUCCAAGAGACUGGAACGAUCAACCGCCAGAACAAGUGGCCAUUGAGUUCUGGGACUACUUCCGGAAUAGGCAUGACUCCAAUUUCAUUAUUUCUGCGCAAACGUCCCCAAUCCGCGGAUUCCACACGUAGAUGACCGUGAGUUCGGCUGGCCGAAGCCUGGGCCCACGAAGGAAGCCGGGAAUAUUACGCCACACGCCAAAUUUUGGCUGUCUGAACGAACAAUGUGGCAUUGGGCAAAAAGAUGGUCAGGUAUGCCUCGCCCCCGCCAACGCGGCCUCCUAGAAUCCAAACGGGUCGAGAACUAUGGAAAUCCAGACAAGAUGGGGCCUGGACUUGGCGUCGGGUUGAUCUUCCUCGUGGACGUGACCGGAAUUAAGAGUAGGGGUCGAUUUCUUAAGGGCUGGUUCCAUCUCAAAGUGACGCUUGAGAUUGACCACAAUUACUGGGAGGGACGCAAAGUUCCAGAAACAGAGGACGACAGAGAGAAGGAAAUUGACGCUUUAAGGAAAAGACAUAUCCUUGACAAGCUGAUGGUCACGGCGCGAGGGAGAAUUCUCACCUCUGGAAGACCGACGGGCAAUUAUGGACAUGUUCCUUCGGAACCUGGACCCGCAAGACGCGCCUGGGUCGGAGGGAUUGGUCAGUUUGUCCAGGAUUUUCCAAGUUGUGCAGACUAUACUUCGACGGAAUACGUGACUCAGCAGUAUAUGCCGUGUGGAUCGGUGCAAGGCGGAGAGGCGAUGUAUGGGAAUAAUUUCUACUACUCAAGAACAAAGGACGAAAAGAAGUAUGGCAAAACGCCCACAAAUUCUGCUAACGAGACGGAAAUUCACAUCAACUUCAAGCUGGACAAUUCACUCUGCAAUAUGUAUUACGACCUGGACUUUAUAGCCAAUGGGGUCGCGAUUGAUACACACGGGUGGUUAGACCCAGCAUACACGCCUUACGUCGUAAUGGGUCAAGUCUCUGCCAUCCAACGCUCCGUCUCGACCCGCUUUGCCUUCACCACCUCGCACCCCAUGCACGGACCGGCAUUCUACGAAAACGCGGACCCUGUCCCCCGCGGUGUCCAUAACGUGAUCUGCUCCGAGCCCCUGAAAGGCGAAUGGAUAAUGAACCCCGACCCGACAAACUUCACCUGGCCCGGGACCAAAACCAAGCACCGCGCCUCCAUCACCGCCGGUGCCGACUUGGUCCUCAAUCCCAACGCCACGGCAGAUUCCACGUUCGGCGGCGCCAUCAAAUUCAUCUACCCUGCUCCCUCGCGCUCCUCCCUGUACAACCUGCACCCCCCGUGGUACACCAACUCGACCGAAUAUUCCACCCGGGGCGACGCGAUCCGUCAAGCUUUCGGCGGCCGACGCACCUGGACCUAUUCCGACCGCCCCAUGAAAGAUCCUUCCGGCAUGUUAGAUAUAAUAUCGGAGUCCUCCGCGUGGAAAUUGUGGGACGACUGGUACGAAUACCCCCGCGGGACGGAUGUCACCCUUCAAACGUCGCAUUCCCACUACCACUCCGCCGUACAACGAGUCCUUAAUGAGUUCGAUUGGGAAACGUGGAGAGAACAGGGUCCGGGUCACGGUCGGUGCAGCGUGUACGGUGGACCGGCCUAUAUGCUCAACAACUACCCGCAUCCCUACUACGAUGCGACCUGCGUCCAGCUGAUGGCCCAACAUCCAGGCCAUGACCAAUAUUGGGAACAAAAUACCAAUGCCAGGGCAACUUUUCGAGAUCCCACUACGAAGAUGGCGGUUGUUGUGGUCGGAGAUCGGUAUAAACUUGAUUGGAGUUGGGUAGGAAAGACUUCCUUUACGUCCAAACUCCCCCCGAUUAAGGGGCGGUGCACGCCCAGUAUUUGGUUUGUCAAUGGCAUGGGAUUCGCUCGGGACCGUCCCCCCGUUUGUGACCUGUACUUCCGACAGUAUGAGACACGCAGGACGUUGGAUCCCGCACUGGGCCGCGUUGUCAAAACUGUGCGACGUCUGCAGAACGUCACUUUGGGAAAUAGGACAACUUGGCGGGAGAAGUAUGUGACUCACACGCGGAAAAAUAUUAUCCUGGACAACAGAGUUUGCGAGGCGUUGAAGGAACUGCAUCCGUCCGGAUUCCAGUGCCCCUCCCUCCUCCCGAGACCGUACACGCCGCAACCAGAACUGUCGCCCACGGAGGCUGCCAUACUACAGCGUCGGAAAGAACGUUACAAGCUGAGUAAUGCGUACAAAAGGGGCAUGAUGGCGGCGGAGGAUCCGUUCACGCUCUUUAUUUGGGACUCGCGGCUAUUGCAUGGCAUUUUUAUGACCAUUAUCGUCAUAUUUGUCACUCCGGUGAGCUUCUUUCUGACGCGGUAUUUCAAAGAGACGUUCAUGAACAAUCGGAUUUUUCUGCAUCGCAUCUGGUUCUUUGUUCACAUGUCCUCCGCUUUUGUUACCCUUCUUCUCCUUUUGCUCGGGAUGUGGCGUCAAGUUGGAAGUAAAGCCUUGCUUGGCGUCAGUUUGCGCCCUUCCGCGACUGCGCAUCGCAUCAUGGGUUGGUUUUCGAUCGUGAUUUCGAUCCUCCUCCUUCUCCUGGGUGGAUUCCGACCGCUGGAAAAACAACUUCGCGCAGUCACCAUUAUUUUACAUGGCGUCAUGGGGCUUGCAUUCUACGUUAUGUGUCUUGCUUGUGUGCUGACGGCGAACGCGAUUCCUGGGUCGCCCGCUGCCCAUAAUGAUUUUGCAGUGCUUGCAUUCUUCGGGAAAAAUCUGACCACGGAACCCAUCUUCAUCACGGUUACGGUUUGGAUCAUUUUUGAAAUUGUUAUGCACGUUGGAAUGUCGAUUUUACAAAGUCGCAGUGACAAAGAUAUGAGACUCAGGAAGCGUCGCAUCUACUUGUUCUCGCCGAUGCCUGUUCUUCAUGAAACGGAACGAUUCGAUGCGCCCGGUCGUUUCGCCCGGAUUUACAUGCUGACGGCGUACGUCGUAAUGGCGCUGGCCUGCACCGUCACAAUCUGCACGUUCAUGCUGAAGAACUCUCCGCGGGGGAAGGGGCUGGGACACAUGUCGUGUACACAUGAGGGGCCUGAUAACGACGUGCGAAAUAAAUACCAGUGCUGAUUACAAAAGUGUCGCCACUAAUAAGAUAAUCUUGUAAGAGGCAUAUUUUAUAUUUUGAGAGAAAAAUCAAUAACCAAUGAUCGAAACUAAUUUUAAAUAAAUUAUAUUCAGUAGUGAUAUUAAAUUAAUAAAAUUGGUGUGAUCCUACA